AUUCACUUAGACUCCUUGAACCAUCCACAGUCAUAUUAUUGUCCGAAAGAAGGUGCACUUAAUUACCAUUUUGCUUUCAGUAUGACAGCUGUCAAUGUUGCUCUAAUUCGUGAUACCAAGUGGCUGACUUUAGAAGUCUGUAGAGAAUUUCAGAGAGGAACUUGCUCUCGAGCUGAUGCAGAGUGCAGGUUUGCCCAUCCGCCAAGAGUGUGCCAUGUGGAAAAUGGCCGUGUGGUGGCCUGUUUUGAUUCACUGAAGGGUCGGUGCAUUCGCGAGAACUGCAAGUACCUGCACCCUCCGCCACACUUAAAGUCGCAGCUGGAAAUUAGUGGGAGAAACAAUCUGAUUCAACAGAAGACUGCCGCAGCCAUGUUCGCCCAGCAGAUGCAGCUUAUGCUCCAAAAUGCUCAGAUGUCAUCCCUUGCAUCUUUUCCUAUGAAUCCAUCAGUUGCACCUAAUCCUGCCAUGCCUUUCAAUCCUUACAUACCUCAUCCUGGGAUGGGCAUGGUUCCUGCUGAGCUUGUACCAAAUGCUCCAGUUCUGAUUUCUGGAAACCCACCUCUUGCGUUGCCAGGAAUUCCUCUUCCAAAACCGACUCGUACAGAUAGACUGGAGGUUUGCCGUGAAUUUCAGCGUGGAAAUUGUACCCGUGGAGAGAGUGAGUGCCGCUAUGCUCACCCUACGGAUGUUUCCAUGAUUGAAGUCACUAAUAAUACCGUGACAAUCUGCAUGGAUUACAUGAAAGGCCGAUGCGUCCGGGAGAAAUGCAAGUACUUUCAUCCUCCUCUACACUUGCAAGCCAAACUCAAGGCAGCUCAUUACCAGAUGAACCAUUCGGCUGCCUCUGCAAUGGCCCUGCCACCUGGUACACUUCAGCUGAUACCAAAGAGGUCAGCCUUUGAAAAGGCCAAUGGUGUCACCCCGGUCUUUAAUCCAAAUGUUUUCCACUGCCAACAGGCUAUGGCUAACAUGCAGAUUCCGCAGCCUGCAUAUGUCCCUACAGUGCCCAUGAUGCACAGUGCUACACCUUCCACUGUGCCUGCAGCAGCAGCGCCUGCCACCAGCGUUCCCUUCGUUCCAGCAGCUACAGGCAAUCAGUUGAAAUUCUGAGCAGCAGAGGUACAGAAUAUCAGGAUCUCUCAACAAGAAACUCAACAUGGCCUUUCUAUAUAUAUUCUCAUAUGUCCUUUUCUACCAACAGAACAAUAAGCAUGGUGCAGUCAAUAUAUUAAAGCACAUAUACCAGUUGACAAAUUCAAAUUUUAAAAAUCUGUGGAGAUGUUAAAGCAAAGAGAAAAUUAACCACUAUAUGUUAUCUUAUCUGGAUUAAUUGCAUAUGAUUUAGCAUAUAGAAUACAAGCUUUGUCGUGUAUAUGAAUUGUCAAAUCCAUGUUAUAUGAAUUUGCCAUCUGAUAUGAAUUACCAUAUUGAAUAUAACCAUAAAAAUUUGUGAUUUUCUUCCAGUAAUGAUUUAUGCUAAAUGAAUUCCCACAGUGUACUGUAGGCUCACUGUACAUUCUUGGUGGAUAAAUUCUGGUUUUGAAGUAUUACUUUACUGUUUUGUUUACAGGAUAGUCUAUUGGAUUGAUAUAGAAUGUAACUAAUAUUUCCAGUACCAUUUCCUCCAUUGGUAUAUUGUAUUAAAUUGGGCUCUGUUUUGCUUUUCCAUGCUAUAGUGUUUUGUUGUUUAUACAUGGUGUUUGAUUUUAAUUAGAAUGUCAUAAGUGGGGAACAGAAGUGUAUGUGAUUGAAAAACAUAAUAGGUUCAUGUUAAUAUGCUUUAAAACAUUCUGUAAGUUUCAUGAGGCAUACAUUUAAAAGGCCUCACUUUUGAAUGUGCACAGAAGUGUUCAUAGAUAUGUAUGUAUAGAAUCUUACCUGUAGAUCUGGCCUUGCACAGUCAAUAAUAUACUAAAUUUUUAAAAGAGAAAACAAUUGCCUACAUAUGAUAGGAAAGUUCAAAUGUUAACCUCAAACUGUCCUCUUAAAUAACUUGAAAAGUAUUCACAUUUUAAUAAAUUUCUUAGUACUUAUAAAGAUUAAGUAGAGUAGCCAUUACAUUUAUUGUGUCACAGGAAUCCUAUCUCUCAGCUUGAGUGUCUAAAAUUGUCAUUUGGCAUCUUCAGCUGAGAGAAACUGGUACUUACUAGUUUAAAUGUAUGCUAAUCAUAGGUUAUAAAUGAAGCGGAGAGAUGUGGGUGUGGAGACAGUUUUUAAUGUACUGGCACAAAGUGUGUAAAACCUUCACAUAGUAACCUUUGCACAAGUGCCAUUUUCCAAAUGCAAAUGGCUCAUGCUCUUUAAACUCUUCUUUGAAUAAUAAAUAAGAUGCAGCCUGGCAAAAGUCAAUCCAGGUGGAAAGAGAAUUGUUUCCAAAUGAGGCCUUACCUCCCCAAAUGGACAGUCGUUUUUAUUGAUCACAGAAGGAGGCUGAGUACAGCUUUGGGCAAAUGGCAGGGAUGGGGGCAGGGAGACAUUUAAAAUGACUUUGAAUAUGCAAAAAGAACUAGAAAGGAUUUCCACCUUUGUCUUUCAUGUUAGUUUAGCUGAAUUGCCAAUAUUUCUAAAAGCAGUAGUAAAGUAGCAAGCAUUUGUGCUAUAUUGGCAAGUGUUUCUCUGCCCAAACUUUAGCAUCAGAGAUUUUGUGUGUGUGUGUGUGUGUGUGUGUGUGUGUGUUUGCUUGUUUUUGUCUC